GGCUAAACACUCCCCGUGACGCAACACACGAUGGUCGCCACGCCCACGAUCGGCGCCCUCGUCCAAUCAGCGCUCCUGUUGUUCCUAGCAAGCCACGCCCCCGUGAGCCACGCCCAAGUGCCAUGCCCCGCCCGCUGCCGCUCCUGCUCCAAUGGAGUGGCAGACUGCAGUCAGCAGAGUCUUACAGCCCCGCCCAAGGGAGCUGACCAGCCUGCGGUACCUGUUCCUGAACAACAACCCCCUGGUCUCGAUGCCCACCAUGCAGUUCGGCAGCCAGGUCCUGCAGCUAGUGGACCUGUCCCACUGCCGGUUGACCAGUGUGCCCCAACCCCUGCCCGCCUCCGUGGGCGACCUGCGUCUCGGAAACAACAGGCUCUCACAGAGGUGUGGUUGCGUGGCAACCGGCUGGUGUACAUCCCACGUGACCUGCCCGACAACGUCCGCAAGGUGCACAUGGACUCCAACAACCUGCAGCAGAUCGAGGGCAACCUGUUCCGGCCCAGCUCCCGCCUCGACUAUCUGACGGUGGAGAACAACCAGAUCACCAGGGUGGCCCCAGAUACUUUCUCCGGCCUCCGGUUCCUCAACACACUUAACUUCCAGGCAGGUGACCCUGGAGGUCCUGUCCCACGUGACCCACCUGGACCUGAGCUACAACACCCUGGAGUGGGUGAGCCCGCGAGUGCGCACCGUGUUCCCCGCGCUGCAGUCGAUGACGCUGGACGGGAACCCGCUGCGCUGCUCGCGGCGUCUGCGCUGGCUGGGCGACUGGAUGCGCACGGAGGAGCGCGUCAACUUCUUCAACUACGAGGAGCCCGUGUGCGAGACGCCGGGCCGGUUGCGCGGGCGGCCGCUGCGGAGCCUGGACGCGAACGAGUGGGCGGAGGAGAACGAGCCGGACGGCGGCGGAAUGGGCGGGGACUACGAGGUCGCCGCGCGGGGAUUGGGCGAGCUGCAGGCCGACGCGGCGCCGCGCGAAGAAGGGGCGGGGCCGCCGCCAGCUGCGGUUACGAUUGGCCGCGGAGGAGGAGCAGAAGGAAGCGUAUCGGUGAGGGGCGGAGCUAAGGAGAAGGAGGUUGUUUCGCCGAAACGGGGCAGGGGUGGAAAGGAAAAGAGGAGAGGGAAAGCCGCGAAACGAGGAGGGAGGAGGAGAAAGGGGAAAGGCGAAGGGAGAAAAGGGAAGAAAUCCGGGGAUAAAAAGAAGGGGAAGAAAGCGGAUAGGAAGAAGAAUAGGGACCGAAAGCGUAAGAACAAGAAGGGGAAAGGAAGGAGGAGAAAGAGAGAAGCCACGGAAGUGUUUGUGAACGACGAGGGAACCCCGUUGGGCGCAGAGGAGGUGGAAGUGCAAGGUUAAACACAUCACAGAAAAAUCUCCAAAUCGAUUGUACAUCGUAAAUCAUUUACAUUUUCCUGGAGACUCGUCUCACGGUGGUAAAACGCAUAAUGAUUCAAUCGUUUCAAAGGUCAAGUAAAUGACUAUUUUUUU